GUGGAAGAGGGCUGGUGGGAAGGUAUUCUCAAUGGAAAGACUGGCAUGUUUCCUUCCAACUUCAUAAAGGAACUGUCUGAUUCUGAUGAUGUUGGAAUAGCACAGGAAGAACAAGUAAAGCCAAGCCUAAAAGAUGCUACAGGCUCUGAGAGUGAUGGUGGUGACUCUUGCAGCACAAAGUCAGAAGGAGCCAAUGGAGGCACUACAAUCCAACCCAAAAAGGUCAAGGGUGUUGGCUUUGGAGAUAUCUUCAAAGACAAACCCAUAAAGCUACGACCAAGGUCAAUAGAAGUUGAAAAUGACUUUCUCCCAGUAGAUAAGAGUGUUGGGAAGAAAUUACCUCCAGCCACAGCAACUCAGGAGCCAACAAAAAUAGAAGUGGACAGCAGAACAAAAACCAAGGAGUAUUGCAAAGUGAUAUUUCCAUAUGAAGCACAGAAUGAUGAUGAACUCACAAUCCGAGAAGGUGAUGUCGUCACACUUAUCAGUAAGGAUUGCAUUGAUGUUGGCUGGUGGGAAGGAGAACUCAAUGGUAGGCGAGGUGUGUUUCCAGAUAACUUUGUCAAGCUUCUUCCUUCCGAUUUCGAAAAAGAGAGACCGAAGAAACCACCACCUCCAUCAGCUCCUGUCAUCAAACAAGGAUCAGGUACCACAGAUCGAAAGCAUGAAAUCAAAAAGGUACCUCCUGAAAGGCCAGAAUGUCUUCCUAAUCGAACAGAAGAAAAAGAAAGAUCAGAGAGAGAGCAAAAACCGUUAGACUUGCAGAAGCCUUCAGUUCCUGCUAUACCUCCGAAGAAACCUCGGCCACCCAAAGCAAACUCUGUGAAUAGACCUGGUACCUUGCCCCCGAGACGACCAGAAAGACCAGUUGUGCCUGUGACUCAUACAAGGAGUGAUAGUCCAAAAGUGGAAUUAGUGGGCAGUACAGUAUCCGGCACUCUAGAGAAAGACUCCUCGGAAAGAAGCAAUGACAUCGACUUGGAAGGUUUUGACUCUGUAAUACCAAUUGCUGAGAAGCUUAAUCAUCCAACUACAUCCAGACCAAAAGCUACUGGCAGGCGACCACCCUCCCAAUCUCUCACGUCUUCGUCCCUUUCAAGCCCCGAUUUCUUUGACUCUCCAAGUCCUGAAGAAGAGAAGGAGGAACAUGUUUCCAUUACCCACAAAACUGUUGAAGCGUCAAGGAAAUCAAGAACUGUUACAAUAUCACAAGUGUCUGAUAAUAAAAAUUCCUUGCCUCCGAAAACAGGAGGUUUGGCUAGUGGCAGUAGUGUACAACCAUCACUAUCCCCUUCACCGUCACCUGGAUUUCACUCAAUUGCUAUGGGAACAACAGGCCACAGGUCAAAUUCCCCAUCCCUGUUCGGUACUGAAGGAAAGCCAAAGACUGAGCACUUGAGCCAAGGUCAGACUGCCCUGGAGGAGUUGAGAACACAAAUUAAGGAGCUAAGAACCAUCAUUGAAACCAUGAAAGACCAGCAAAAAAAAGAGAUUAAACAAUUGCUGUCUGAGUUGGAUGAAGAAAAGAAGAUCCGUCUACGAUUGCAGAUGGAAGUUAACGACAUAAAGAAAGCUCUUCAAUCAAAGUGAAUACUUGAUAGGUGGAAUGUUCCAUUAUUCUUCAUGACUGAGACUCAAAUUUAUGCCCCAGCCAAAAUAACUUUGUGCCAAAUGAUGUAAGAAUUGCCUCAACAUCCCUUUAUUUGAAGGAUUAGCACAACAGUUUUUGAUAGCACAACAAAAAUACCAACAGCGAGGACAAAAUUUCCACCCGAAGCAGUGCUGUGCAGCACUUGUUGUGACUGAAAUUGAUCUUCUUGUGCUAAAGGCUCUCUACUUCAAGAUCCUAGGUGAAAUGAAAACUCAGGCAGUUUAGUCCAUAGUGGUACUAUUUUGAUGAUAUUUUUCCAUAAAUAAAGUGUAUUUCAGAUUAUCUGUUUACAAGCUUUAUGAUUUUGACUUUUGGUUUUUAAUUGUCUUUUGUCACGGAUUUUAAAACGUUUGUACUGCAUAUAGCCAGGAAUGAAUGUUAAUGUUGGGGCUGGAGGGAUUAUUUUUGCUUCGAGAUAGAACAGCCUACUUUUUGUUACAGUUUUAAGUUCUGUUAAAUAUGCAAUUUUAUGUCCCCAAAUCCCCUACAAUUUAAACUUACGUUGUGUACAGUAAUGUAUUUACGAGAAGGAAACAAACCAACAGAAAUCUGGUCUUUGCAAUGA